AAAGAAAACCCACCAGAAAUGAAGAGCUAUCAUAAUAUCCUCUUCAAGGUAUGAACAUGAACAAAAAUGAAAUACAGAAAGAACAGCCUUUAAAGCCUUCCAGGAGUCAGACUCAUCCUCAGAAUCUGAGUAAACAUUCUUCAUUUAAUUUCCCAAAUCAGAUACAACCACAACCUUUAAGUCCAGGACCAUCAGCUGCUCAUAAAAUAGCAGAUCAUGGUAGGAAGAUGAACAAGGUAGAAAGCAAUUUGUACAAGCUGUCUUCUUCAGCAUUUAGUGAUUCAUGCUUAGAUGUUGGGAAAGAUAGUUACGUAGAAGACUCUGAACAUGGUACUGAUGAAGCUCAGCUCAUCAAAGCCAAGGUCACCAUAAGAAAACCAGAAACCAUGACUAAGAAGGAGAAGAAAGUCGCAGCAACACCGAGUCUCUUUUUCAAAGAUGGAAAAAAGCGCAUCGAUUACAUCUUGGUGUACAAAAAAUCUAGCCUUCAGGUAGAGAAAAGGAGUACAUUUGAAAGGAACCUCAGAGAAGAAGGCUUGAUGUUGGAAAGAGAGCAAUCCAUUACGAAUAGUGAUAUCAUGUUUGUCAAAAUCCACUGCCCAUGGGAUACACUGUGCAAAUAUGCAGAGAGGAUGAAUAUCAGGAUGCCCUUCAGGAAAAAAUGCUAUUACACUGACUGGAAGAACAGAACGUUGAAUAGUUUGUAUCGAAAAACCAUCCAGCUGAGAAGCUGGCUUCCCAAAAACCCAAUGCAACUCGACAAGGAGGCUCUGCCUGACUUGGAGGAGACAGACUGCUACACGGCCCCCUUCAGCCGGGCACGUAUGCACCACUUCACAAUAACAAAUAAGGACACUUUCUUCAACAAUUCCACGAGAAGCAGGAUCGUUCAUCAUGUGUUGCAACGCACCAAAUACGAAGAUGGGAAAACAAAAAUGGGUAUCAAUAAACUCCUGAACAACGGCACAUAUGAGGCAUCCUUUCCUCCUCAUGAGGGAAGCUACCAGAGCAGACACCCAAUUAAAACUCAUGGAGCCAAGAACCACAGACACCUGCUAUACAAGCGUUGGGCCUGCUGGGGAAUGUGGUAUAAGUAUCAGCCCCUCGACUUAAUCAGGCGCUAUUUUGGCGAGAAGAUUGGUUUGUACUUUGCCUGGCUAGGCUGGUACACUGGCAUGCUGAUUCCUGCUGCCUUUGUGGGCUUAUUUGUUUUCCUCUAUGGAGUAUUUACCAUGCACUCCAGUCAAGUAAGCAAAGAAAUCUGCCAAGCCACAGAGAUCCUGAUGUGCCCAAUGUGUGAGAGAAGCUGCAUGCUCCAGAAACUGAAUGAGAGCUGCAUCUAUGCCAAGGUGACACAUUUGUUUGACAAUGGAGGGACAGUCUUCUUUGCUAUUUUUAUGGCAAUAUGGGCUACAGUUUUCCUGGAGUUCUGGAAGAGGAGGAGGGCUGUGUUGACCUAUGACUGGGACCUUAUUGACUGGGAAGAGGAAGAGGAAAAUGUUCGCCCCCAGUUUGAAAGAAAGUAUGCCCAGGUGGAAAGAGUGAAUCCCAUCACAGGAAAACCUGAGCCUUACCAGCCCUUCAUGGAUAAACUCCUUCGGCUUAUGAUCUCCAUAUUAGGAAUAUUCUUAAUGAUUUCUUUGGUGCUCACCACAGUUUUUGCUGUCGUGGUUUAUCGUCUCGUGGCCAUGGAGCACUUUGCAUCUUUCAAGUGGUAUUUCGUCAAAAAAUACUGGCAGUUUGCCACAUCAGGGACUGGAGUAUGCAUCAAUUUCGUGAUCAUCAUGUUUCUGAAUGUCGUCUAUGAAAAGGUGGCUUAUUUCCUCACCAAUUUAGAACAGCCUAGAACAGAAUUGGAAUGGGAGAACAGCUAUGCCCUAAAGAUGUUCCUCUUUCAGUUCGUCAACUUAAACAGCUCCAUCUUCUACAUUGCAUUUUUCCUGGGCAGGUUUUCGGGACGUCCAGGAAAAUACAAUAAACUUUUUGACCGAUGGAGAUUGGAAGAAUGUCAUCCCAGUGGCUGUCUCAUUGACCUUUGCCUGCAGAUGAGUGUCAUUAUGGUUCUAAAGCAGACGUGGAACAACUUCAUGGAAUUGGGAUACCCAUUGUUCCAUAACUGGUGGACCCAACAUAAAAUUAAAAGGAAUGAGCAGGUGAUGAAGUUACCACAGUGGGAAAAAGAUUGGAAUCUACAGCCCAUGAAUCUCCAUGGAUUGAUAGAUGAAUACUUGGAAAUGGUUUUACAGUUUGGCUUCGUCACCAUCUUUGUGGCAGCUUUCCCUCUGGCCCCACUCCUGGCCCUGAUGAACAACAUCAUUGAAAUCCGACUGGAUGCCUACAAAUUUGUCACUCAAUGGAGAAGACCUUUACCUGCAAGGGCAACCAAUAUAGGAAUCUGGUAUGGAAUUCUUGAAGGAAUUGGUGUGUUAGCUGUAAUCACCAAUGCAUUUGUCAUUGCUAUCACUUCUGAUUACAUCCCACGCUUUGUCUACGCAUUCAGAUAUGGGCCGUGUAAAGGUCAAGGAUACAGUCAAGAAAGGUGUUUAAAGGGGUAUGUCAACAGCAGCUUAUCAGUAUUUGACCUGAGUGAACUUGGUCCUGGCCACUCUGGUUACUGCAGAUACCGAGACUACAGAGCCCCACCAUGGAGUUCCAACCCGUACGAGUUGACCUUACAGUUCUGGCACGUUCUUGCUGCUCGCCUCGCCUUCAUCAUCGUGUUUGAGCACCUGGUUUUUGGAAUAAAGUCUUUCAUUGCUUACCUGAUUCCUGACAUGCCCAAAGAUUUAUCUGACCGAGUGAGGCGGGAGAAGUACUUAGUCCAAGAAAUGAUGUAUGAUGCAGAACUGGAGCAUUUGCAGAAACAGCGGAAGUGUCACGGGAAGCAGUAUCACCAAGAGUGGCCUUAGCCGAUCCCAGAGCCCCAGGAGAGACUGAGCCAUCAGUGGGGAUGGAAGACUAUGGACUUCCUGUUCCCUACAGAGACUCGUGGGAAAGCACACAACUGAAUAUGUGUGGAAACUGUGGACUGGGUGGGGAAUGAUUGCAUCACAGCAUUUUCUAUAAAUUGGGAAAUCUAGGCUCCUGAGGAGGUCAAAGAAGAGCCCCCACCCAGUGUGGCUGUGUGCUCAGGUCAGCACGAACCUAAGGGAGCCAAUAAAAAAAUCUCAGAAUCUUCCCUAAAGCACUGGGCUGUGGGGAAUUUCUAGCACAGUCAAAAAAGGUUGGAGUUCUGAGCCCGGCAAGUGUACCAUGUAGAUGUUCACAAUCAGAGCAUGCUGAACCAUGUUGGUCUCUGCUCCUCCAGCUUCUCUUCCCAUUGCUCAGUUGAGUUGUGAUGCUUACCAUGAAAGAGUCAAAGGAGCUGUUGCCUUGGCUGCUGCUACUUGAUGUCCUCCUUCCUGCAGACUUCCUGUUCAGUCUGAGUUGCCCUGGCCUCUCCUUGUCAUCCUGUGUGCCACAGUGGAAAACACGCUGUUGAACAUUGACUAUGCAGUUAAAGAAUUGCAUGGCACUUUUCCUUUGUCUCUUUUUCAAGGUUAUACCAAAAAAAUAAAAACAAAAAGCCUACAAAUCUGAAGGCUGUGCUGCCCAUUGGAGGGAAAAGAAAACAGCACUGCCUGGACCCAAUGUCUUUUGUGAGUGGUGUGGCUCAACCAAAUGUUAUUUUUAUUUUCAUAAGAAGUAGCUGGAAUCCCCUACAUUGAAGAGAAGAUUGGCAUUUUCUAUGCCAUUCAAAAGAGAAAGGGCCAAAGUUCUGACUUGGCAUACUUUGUUAGGGUAAGGUCAGUAUGAGUUUUCCUUUGAAUCUGUUGGGAAAGCUAUCCCAGAACGUAGCCGUGAAAUUAUGUAAAUAUAUUUUUUCCUUUUUUAUGUUGCAUAAUGAUCCAUCAACAGUGUGCAGUCUCUCACUCAUUUGGCCACAAGACCCACUCUACAUUAUGCCCUUUUGUCUUCUUUGUUCAGGGAAACAGAAGCUAGACAACCUGCACGGGUUUGGCUCCUCUUUUAGAGAUAUAUGCACUCUCUCUCAAUGCAUGAAUGUAACUAAAUAUUAUGGCUAGAGUUAGAUAUUUGUGAGCUUUGCUUUCUUCUAAAAUCAAUUGUUUUUGUUUUGUUUUUGAGACAUCACAUAAAACAUAAUGGAAUUUGAGGGAGAAGGUCUAUGUUGGCUUUGUCCGUAGGGCUAUAGGAGCAAAAGUCAGGGCCGGUUUGAGUUCAGAUGAUUCCAGUGUGAAGAAUGGCCUCAGUGAAUUACAAUAAACCAAUACCAUAGGGCAUUCACCUAAAGCCACUAGAAUGGCUACCUUAUGUUGUCUUUUGGAGGAAUGAAGAGAAGCAUGGAAAAAAUCAGGACAAUUCCUUUCCUCUGUCCAAA